AUGUUAAAACACAGCCUGUUUUUGUUUGCUUUUGGACUAACUUUAACUGGAAAACCUUUUUGGAUAAAAGGUGUCUGGGAAUACAUCCUCUUCUGUACCGAACGCCGGUUGCGACCACUGCAGUUACUGUCUCUCAGCUAUGGUGAAGACUGGAGAGAAAUGCUUGGGUCUUCUAAAUUUCAAACUUUAUUUUUAGGUGUUUCUUCUGAGCAGACAUCCAGCCUUUCUACAUUAGAAAUAAUUAUUCCUCAAAGCCUGACAGGCAGAGAGAACCGUCACCCAUUUUUUCAUGAGGAGCAUUCAGAUGACAAACUUUCUUAUUUAAUUAAAACCAAAAAUGGAACAUACCUCCUAAAGCUAAAGAAAAAUAAAAAGCUUGUUAGUGAAGACUUUAGAGUAUAUACAUAUGGGAAAAAUGGGAAACUGGAGGCUGCACAAUCAAAAAUCAAGACACACUGUUAUUAUCACGGCACUGUUGAAGGAGUUGCUGACUCAACGCUUGCUCUUAGCACGUGUGAUGGCCUUAGAGGAAUUCUCUACAUUGGUGACAAAUGGUAUGGAAUGGAGCCACUCAACACGUCCAGCACAUUUGAACAUGUUUUUUACCAGUUAGAAGAUAUGCAGCAUAUCCCUUUCCGAUGUGGUGUGCUGAACGACAGUCUUCAGCGUGAAAAGACGUUUGUGAAGCAUUCUGUGAAAUAUGCAUUUUUGUCAAACAGUACCUCUAGCGGGGAAAAACUUUUGAGGUUUUUGCUGAAGAAAUCUGAUUCUGCAGCAGUGCAAAAGGAGGUAGUUGAGCUGAUAAAUUAUGUUGAUGGGAUGUAUAGAGCUUUAAACAUCCAGAUUGUUUUGGUUGGAUUAGAGAUCUGGUCAGAUAUAAACCACAUAUCUGUAAUGGAUGGCUCAGCUGGAGAUGUACUGAGUAGAUUUGUUUCUUGGAGACAAAAAGAUCUUCUUAAACGAUCAAGAAAUGACGUUAGCCAUCUCAUAAUAGGGAGAAACUCUUAUGAUGGAGCCAUUGGAAUGGCUUUUGUAGGUACCAUCUGUUCACAAGUCCAGGGAGGGUCAAUCAGCACUUUUAAUCAUAACAAUGUGUUACGCCAUGCUACAGUAGUUGCACAUGAAUUGGGCCAUAAUCUCGGAAUGAAACACGAUGAUAAAAGAUGUCCUGCAUCCUACAUUAUGUACAGCACAGAUAAUGGAUCCAGGAAUUUCAGCAGCUGUAGUGCGGAUGAUUUUGAGAAUCUUAUUCUAAAUGGAGGAGGAAACUGCCUCAGAAAUCCUCCCAAAGCAAAUAGUGUUUACAAAGAACCUGUCUGUGGUAAUAAUGUGGUGGACAGCAAUGAAGAAUGCGACUGUGGAAAACCACAGGAAUGUACAAAUCCUUGCUGUGAUGCUGCAACCUGCAAACUCACAUCUGGAUCACAAUGUACUCAAGGGCUGUGCUGUGAAAAUUGCAAGUUUAAAGUGUCAGGAGCAGAAUGCAGGUCAAAAAUGGAUUUCUGUGAUCUACCUGAAUACUGCAAUGGAAGCUAUGCCUACUGUCCAGAUGAUGUUUAUAUCAUGAAUGGUUACCCAUGUAACAGCAAGAAAGAAUAUUGCUACUAUGGAGUAUGCCAAAGUUUUGAUUCACAAUGUGAAUCUAUAUAUGGAAAAGGGGCACGAAAAGCGCCUGACGUGUGCUUUGAAAAAGCCAAUAUUAAAGGAGAUAGGUUUGGAAACUGUGGAAUGAGAGGUGGAGUAUACAAGAAAUGUCCUGUUCAGCAUAGUCUAUGUGGCAAGCUCCAGUGCACUUCUGUUAGUCUUCAAAAUCUUCCUGUUUGGAGUGUUGUCAACAAUGCAUCUGGGGUUCUGUGCUGGUCUUCUGACUUUGACUUAGGGUCAGAUGUACCUGAUCCUGCUCAAGUUCAUGAGGGAACAGCCUGCGGAGAAAGGAAGGCCUGUGUCAAUUUUGAGUGUGUUAAUGCAAGUUACCUGGGCUACAGCUGUGAUGUAAAGCAGAAGUGUAAUAAUAAUGGGGUGUGUAACAACAAUGGGAACUGCCAUUGCAAUUAUGGAUGGGCACCUCCUUUUUGCAACCGCUCAGGCUAUGGUGGCAGUGUCGACAGUGGUCCAGCUCACAUCGAUACAUCACUUCGAGAUGGCCUGCUUGUGUUUUUUUUCCUUGUGUUGCCAAUAUUGAUUGUUCUUGUGAUAGCAGUCAUUAAGCGGGAUGCAAUAAAAAGAAGAUUUUGCAAGAAAAGUAGAAGACAACACAGGGAUAACAAUGUGCAGCAACCAAAACAAAAUAAUACAACAAUUCAGAAUACAAGAAAUAAUGAGCCUACCACAUCAAGUCCUGAUUUUUUUACCAUAUCACAUUUUCCUAGUCCAAGGCAGCCGGUACAAACCCAUUUUCCUGCGCUUCCUUCAAGACUUCAGCGACCCACAGUCCCACCUAGACCAGCUGUCUGA